GGAAGAGGCACCGAGUGCCGGGAGGGGGAGGAGGCACCGCGCCGGCAGCGCUGCCGGUUGGUAACCUCAGCGCUUCCUCCCGGCAGGGUGCCUUUCCCGCGGCACCCGAGGAUGCUGCCCUGACACCUGCAUCCCCGGGUGGGUGACCCCGUGGUCCCAACCAUGGCCGCAUCCCCUGGAGGGAUCCCCGCCGAACUACAAGAGAGCAUCAGUGCCUUCCUGGGGACAAAGAAGGUCCUCCUGGUGACGAGCAUCCAGCUGCAGGUGAAAUCCAAGUACUACGACUACAUCUUGGUCCUGACGCCCUGGCGAGCCUACGUGCUGCCAGUGAUGCUGCCGGUGAGGGUUCACAGCAGCUUCAGCUUCCUGGAGGUGAGGGAGAUGACGGUGCAAGAGCCUAGCUUGGUUGUCAUAGAAACGGAUGCAGUGUCUUAUGCCUUCCGGUUCAUGUCCUUCGAUGAUUUGGAGCAAGUUGUCAUCCAUGUCACCAUGUCACUUAAGAAGGUCUUUCCAGACUCGUCCCCUGGGUUGCUGCUCAAGAACUCUCCCCCCAACCUGUACGAGAGGAUCCGGCAGAUCACGGACUCACUGGAGGAAAUGCUGCAGAGUAGCCCCGGGCCCUGCGGGGGGUUUUCAGAGACCUACGCUGCUCUGUGUGAUUACAACGGCUUUGCCUUCCGCGAGGAGAUCCAGUGGGAUGUGGACAACAUCUACCACAGCCAGGACUGCCGGGAGUUCAACCUGCUGGACUUCAGCCACCUGGAGAGCCGAGACGUGGCGCUGAGUGUCGCUGCCUUGUCCUUCAACCUAUGGUUCACUAAGCUUUCCUGCAAGGACUUCAGGCUGAACCAGGAGAUUUCAGAGCAACUGCUCUACAUGCUCAGCAAAUCAGUGAUGCUGGAGGAACUGGUGCUGGAAAACAGCGGGUUGAAAGCUGAAUUUGCACAGAGGAUGGCCCAGGCACUCAGCAACCAUCCUGACUCUGUCCUGCACACCAUCAACCUUGCUGGAAAUCAGCUGGAAGACAGAGGGAUUGUUGCCUUUAGCCGGCAUGUGGAGAAGUGUCCCAAGGGUCUGCAGAGCCUCAGCCUGGCCAGAACCAUGCUCACAGCCAAAGCAGGAAUGAGCACGUUGUGCAAGGCCCUUGCAGAUAACAAAGCCACUGCAUCUUCCCUCCGGCACUUGGACCUCUCUGGGAACCCCGGCACCCUGGCUGGAGAUGACAUUGUUAACCUGCAGAGUCUCCUCCACCAGUGCCGUGUGCUCUCCCACCUCAGCCUGGCCGGCACGGACUGCCCUUUGGAUGCUCUCUUUGGAGCCCUGAUCCAUGGAUGCCACACCAGCCUUGUCCAUCUGGAUCUCUCCAAAAACGUGUACUCCCACAAGAGGGUGAAAACCAUCUCCCCAGACAUCAAGGAGUUUUUCAGCCAGGCCUGUGCCCUCAGGCAUGUGUCUCUGGCAGGUACCAAGCUGCCCACAGAUGCUGUAAGGGCAUUGCUGCAAGGGCUGGUGGACAACAGUCACAUCAGCGACCUGUGCCUGGAUCUCAGCAGCUGCGAGCUGAGAUCAGCUGGGGCCCAAGUCAUCCAAGAUCUCAUCCCUGAUGCCAGCUCCAUCAGUGACCUGGACCUGUCUGACAAUGGCUUUGACCCCGACAUGGUGACACUGGUGCUCUCCAUUGGCAGAAGCAAGUCCAUUAGGCACGUCUCCCUGGGAAAAAACUUCAACAUUAAAUCCAAGGAGGGGCUGUUGGACGUCCUGCACCGCAUCGUCCAGCUCACCCAGGAGGACGACUGUCCUCUCCAGUCCCUGUCCGUGGCUGAAUCGCGCCUCAAACUGGGAACCAAUGUCCUGCUGAGCGCCCUGGGCAGUAACACCAGUCUCAUCGCUCUAGACAUCAGCGGCAACGCCAUGGGGGACACAGGGGCCAAGAUGUUAGCCAAGGCCCUGCAGAUCAACACGAAACUCAGGACUGUGGUUUGGGACAGGAACAACACAACUGCCCAUGGGCUCCUGGAGGUGGCUCAAGCUUUGGAGAGGAAUUACACCCUCAAGUCAAUGCCCUUGCCCAUGAGCGACGUGAUGCAGGCGUACCGCAGCCACCCCGAGAAGACGGAGGAGGCCGUGCACAAGCUCCAGUCCUGCCUGGCCAGGAACCAGCUCCGGCGCACGCUGCCCACCCAAACCUUUCGCCUGCAGCAAGGCAUCCUCACCACCUCUUCUGAACAGAUGGUGAAUGAGAUCUGUCUGAGCGUGCAGAAGCACGUCGACAUCCUCAGCGCCUGCCCUGGCAGGGAGGCGGAGGUGGACAUCCUCUGCGCGGAGGAGGCCAUCAGGAACGCCAAUCUCUCCGUCAGUAUCCUGCCCCUCUUGUAUGAAGCAGGAAACACCCCAUACCAGAAUGGCAAGCUGCAGCACAAGCUGGAGUGUCUCACCGAAGAAGCAUUGCAGAUCUGCGGCCGGGAGAUACAGGUGGACACUGCAGGGAGCUGCUGGUGGCACGAGAUUCUUGUCAGCCUUGGCCCAACGAUGAGGGACAUGGUGUCUCCUGGAAACCAUGUGAAUCCUAGUAGAAAAGACACCACAAACUCUUCUUUCUUCCUCAAACUUCAGGCGAUCAUGCAGGCAGUGCUGGACACGGCACACAACCUGUGCCCAGACGUGGUGCAGAAGAGCAGAGUCAGGGACCAGCUGGUCAAUGCCAUGUCGGAGCGGAUCUACCUCCAGGACCACCUCAACCUCAGCACUGUCCUGGACCAGAUGAUCAACGAUGUCUUCAGCAAGCUGAAUGAAAUCAAGCUGUCUGUCACAGCCGCUGUGGCUGACUGCAUCAUGGAUGCCGUGCUGGGAGAACUGACCAUCGCCCAGUGCAAACUGGCAGAGAGCCUCCCCAGGCAAGGGCUCGACCUCCCGGCGCUGCUGCCGGAGCUGGCUGAGGAUGAUGCCGUCGUGCUGAUGAGGGGCAGGAAUCCUCCGGACCUCACAGCAGAGGAGUACAAGAUGGCCCUGCGGAGGAAAAACAAGCAUUUCAGGAGCAUUCGGCCCACACCAACUGUGAGAAGUGUCUCGGAGCUGGAGCCAGCGGCGGGCAGGGACGCCAGCGGGCUCCGAGCUCACCGGGCGCCGCCGUCACUCAGCCCCGCCGCGCCGCCGGCACGCCCUGCCUCCACAAAGGAUGCUGAGCCUGCGAGCGGCUCGCUCCCCGCCACGCAGCCUGUCACCACCGCCACCGGAUCCCUUAUGGACCUGCCGACUGCCGGCCAGAAGCUGGAGCAUUGCACCAAAGCCAGGCCCCGGCCCAACCGCCGGCACAAGCAACCGCCCAGCAAGCCCAAUGUGCAGCCCGUGGCCUGCAAGAACAGCGAGGACAGGAGCAUUACCCGUGUGGACGAGGGGCUGGACGACUUCUUUGCCAAGAGGCUCAUCACAGAGGAGCUGCCCCCCACGGCUCCAGAGACCUGCCUGGGAUCUGCCCCUCUGGCCCCCUCUGGCUCUCGCACACUCAAGAAGAAAAUCGGGAAUUUUUUUGCCUUCAAGAAACCCAAAUCCAGCCGGGGCUCACGGUGUGAGAAGGAGCCUGAGGGUGGCCCCGCCAUCCCAAGGAGCAGGCGCUCGAUGCUCAGUGACAUUUUACGGGCCCCCAGCAAGGCGGGCGAGGCGGGCAAGCCGCUGAGUAAAUCGGAGGAGGGGGGGCUUGCUGCCGAGCCCCGGGCAGAGCCUGAGCACUGCCAGACCCCUGACUCUGCCCGCAGGAUCAGGCCCAAGUACUCCCGGGAGGGCAAAUCCCAGUCGCUCAUAUUGCUGUCUGGGGAGGAUGAGGAUGCGCUGGGGGUCAGACAUGACAAGAAGAGGCACCUGGAGAAGAGCGAGGGUGAGCUGCCCAGCUCCUUCGAGCAGCGCGUGCAGGUCAUGCUCCAUCGCAUCGGUGUCACCAAGGCCCCGGCCACUGAAGGCAAGAAGCAGCAGAGCAAAGACAAUGAGAUCAAGAAAGCUGGCUCAGACGGGGACAUUGUGGACAGCUCGGCGGACUCCCCCCCUACUCUGAAGGCUCGCACGCACUCUGUGUCCACAGACGCACCCUUCCGCAGCCCAGCCACCGCCAUGGAGCCCAGCACCGGCCCAGCCGAGCCCCAGACAGCCUGGAAAGCCCUGGGACGGCAGCUGCCGGCUGAGCCGCAGGCAACCAGCUCUGACCAGCCUCAAUGCUCCUUCGUCCUGGCCGAGCCUGGUGGGCUUAUGGAGCCUGGGGUCCGGGAGGGCUGGAGCAGCAGCCUGCCGCGGACGGGGCGGAGCGUGCCAGCAGCUCUGCCACGGAGGGUCAGCCACGGUGGGGAGAUGGUUGCUGGCAGCCCCCUACCCACCCUGCCUGUACCGCCUGACACCGAAGACAACUGGUUGACACCACGGCUGGUGGCACCACGGGGAACCAGCCGCCGAGCUGUGUCUGUCCACGAGGAGCAGCUCAGGGAGCCUGAAUGCCCGGCAGAACUGGGAACCGGCACUGUCCCCAUGCGUCUGCGGCGGUCACCUGUGUUCAGGCGAAAAACCAAGCAUGACUCCCUCCCAGAGCCAGAGGAAGAGCCCACACUCUCCUCAGAUGCUGCAGGUGCCACGCCGCAGGACUGUCCCCACGCUGGGCUGGAAGAGCUGCAGGCUGGAGCAGGCACCGACAGCAAGUGGCCACAAGCCCCGGCACAAACUGUUGCGAAUGCACAAGACUCAGCAGCCGUAGACCAAAGAUGCCUGGUGCCAGGCCGGGGAGAGCCAGCCCGGGGACAGUGAAGCCUCUGCAUGCCGCUGCCCUUUUCCCAAUAAAACCCUGCAAGCAAGUGUGCGGUGCCAGGGUGAUUGGCAGCCCAGGUGCAGGGAGCAGAGCCGGGGCACAGGCUUGCUCUGUUCUGCGGCACCGGCUCACAAUGGCAUCGGUCACCUCUGGCUGCAGGGAUGGCUGGGCCACCAGCGUCGCCCAGGAGGGCUGGGAUGCCUAGGAACCACGCCAGAGCCUUUGGGAUGCACCUUCCCCAUUGGCCUCUGCCACCCUAGGGUGCAGGAGGGGCAGCUGCUGAUUUUUAGGCAGCGGCCAUGCUGGCAGCCAGACAUUUUUAGUAAGCGUUACAAGGGCCCUUCCGCCUCUCCAGCUCCUCAACCCGUGGGUACCAAGUCCAGCUCCCCCAAGACGCAGGCUUCCAUCAGCAGGACCACGAGCCAUGGCAUUUCAGCACACAGCUCUGCAGCCCAGCUCCAGCCGCACCGUCCCCGCAGCUCUCCUGAAAGCACCAGCGUCACCCCAACACCCCAGCGGCUUCCUCCCAUGUCACCCUCUGCUCCAGACCAAAUGCAUUCCUUCCACAGAUGUUUACGACAAAGCAACACCAUGCUUUUUUUUUUUUUUUCUUACAAGAGCUGUGUAUUUAAAAAAUAUACAAUUUUUAUUUUUAAUUUCUACAGCAUAACCCUGCGGGAUAUUUUUUUGUAACAAACAGCGUGGGACCCUACCUAAACCCAAUCAAUAAAAUGUCCAAACUCC